CAUCCUCGCGGGGAGGAGACCGCAGCCAGCCGCAGGAGCCGUGCAGGAAGCAUCCCCGGAUCACGCUGAAGCGCUCGGACCGGCGGACCAUGCCGGCUCCCUGCAACCCGGAGGGGGGCAAACUCGCUUUUUGCUGACACGAAAGCCAACCCCCCCCCCCCCACCAACACACCCAAUAUAGAUACAUUUAUAUGUAUAAUCUUGUCCUUCACGGAGCCGGUGUGUAAAGAGUGAGAGCUGUUUUCCUUUCUCUCCUCCUCCUCUUCUUCACCCUCCUCCUCCUCCUCCUCCUCCUCUUCUCUCUUAAGUGUACAGACCCGCAUCACACCACCUGGUUCGCUACUGAGAUACGGCACCGCUCCUUUUUAGGGACCACAGAGACUGAAAAAGAGAGAGAGAGAGAGAGACAGACAGACAGAAAGAGAGAGAGAGGAAGAAGAAAAAGAAAAGAAGAAGACAUUCUAAUGGAGAUUGAUACCCCGAAAUAAAAUAAUAAAUUUGGACUCUUGUCCCCUCCUCCCAUCCCACCCCCUCAUCCCUGUGUGAGAUGCAGGGCAUCUUCACGAGACAUUGUCGAGAAGUCGCAGUGGUUGGACAGGCGUAAGGGGGAGGGGGGCAGGCUCUCUCUUACCUCCACUCCCUCCCCCCCCUCUUUUUUCUCUCUGGGAGGAGGAGGAGGUGAAGGGGGGUUGCAGAGCGAGCGAUGGAUGAGGAAAACAUGACGAAAAGCGAGGAACAGCAGCCUCUGAGUUUGCAGAAAGCCUUGCAGCAGUGCGAAUUGGUCCAGAACAUGAUAGAGUUGAGCAUCUCCAACCUGGAAGGGCUUAGGACCAAAUGUGCUACCUCCAACGACCUCACACAGAAAGAGAUCCGGACCCUGGAGAGCAAGCUGGUGAAGUACUUUAGCCGGCAGCUGUCCUGCAAAAAGAAGGUGGCGCUCCAGGAACGAAACGCCCAGCUGAACGGCUUCCCCCAGCUCCGGCACUGGUUCCGGGUCGUGGAUGUGCGCAAGGAAGUCCUGGAGGAAAUCUCCCCUGACCAGCUGAGCCUAGAGGACCUGCUGGAGAUGGCCGAUGAGCAGGUGUGUGAGACCGUGGAGAAGUAUGGAGCCAACCAGGAGGAAUGUGCCCGGCUCAACGCCUCCCUUUCCUGCCUAAGGAAUGUGCAUAUGUCAGGAGGGAACCUCUCCAAGCAAGACUGGAUCAUCCAGUGGCCCACCACCGAGACGGGCAAGGAGAACAACCCCGUGUGCACCCAGGAGUCCACGCCAUGGCUCCGCACCCACCUCUCCCAGAGCCCCAGGGUGCCGUCUAAGUGUGCCCAGCAUUACUGUCACAGCAGCCCCAUGCCCGGGGCCCCUGUGUACACCCACGUGGACAGGCUCACUGUGGACGCUUACUCGGGCUUGUGCCCUCCACCGCCCUUGGAGUCGGGCCACCGGUCCCUGCCUCCAUCCCCCAGGCAGCGGCAUGCGGUCCGCACCCCGCCCCGCACGCCAAAUAUAGUUACCACCGUGACCCCUCCUGGCACGCCACCCAUGAGGAGGAAGAACAAACUGAAGCCCCCGGGGACCCCCCCGCCCUCCUCCCGCAAGCUGAUCCACCUGAUCCCCGGAUUCACAGCACUGCACCGGAGCAAGUCGCACGAGUUCCAGCUUGGGACCCGCGUGGACGAGGCCCACACGCCCAAAGCCAAGAAGAAGAGCAAGCCCCUGAACCUGAAGAUCCACAGUGCAGUGGGCAGCUGCGAGAACAUUCCUUCCCAGCAGCGCUCCCCUCUCCUGUCCGAGCGCUCGCUGCGCUCCUUCUUCGUGGGGCAUGCGCCCUUCCUGCCCUCCACCCCGCCGGUGCACACCGAGGCCAAUUUCUCUGCAAACACACUGUCAGUGCCACGCUGGUCCCCGCAGAUCCCACGCAGAGACCUCGGCAACUCCAUCAAGCACAGGUUCUCCACUAAGUACUGGAUGUCUCAGACAUGCACAGUCUGCGGGAAAGGGAUGCUUUUUGGCCUCAAGUGUAAAAAUUGCAAGUUAAAGUGCCACAACAAAUGUACCAAAGAAGCCCCACCCUGUCAUCUCCUGAUCAUCCACCGAGGAGAUCCAGCAAGGUUGGUGCGGACCGAGUCAGUCCCAUGUGACAUCAACAACCCUGUCCGGAAGCCAGCCCGCUACUCGGAUCUGCACGUCAGUCAGACGCUCCCCAAGACCAACAAAAUCAACAAGGACCACAUCCCUGUCCCUUACCAGCCAGACUCCAGCAGCAACCCCUCCUCCACGACGUCCUCUACACCCUCCUCACCAGCACCCCCACUUCCUCCUAGUGCCACCCCGCCUUCUCCACUGCACCCUUCCCCACAGUGCACAAGACAACAGAAGACCUUCAACCUGCCAGCAUCCUACUACAAGUACAAGCAGCAGUUCAUCUUCCCAGAUGUGGUGCCCGUGCCAGAGACGCCCACCCGGGCACCUCAGGUCAUCCUGCAUCCGGUAACCUCAAAUCCAGUCUUGGAAGGAAAUCCAUUACUUCAAAUUGAAGUGGAGCCCACCUCCGAGAAUGAAGAAGCCGAGGAGUCGGAGGAUGACUUUGAGGAGAUGAACCUGUCUCUCCUGUCAGCCAGGAGCUUCCCGCGCAAGGCCAGCCAGACCAGCAUCUUCCUUCAGGAAUGGGACAUCCCUUUUGAGCAGCUGGAGAUCGGCGAGCUCAUCGGGAAAGGUCGCUUUGGGCAGGUGUACCACGGCCGCUGGCACGGGGAGGUGGCCAUCCGGUUGAUUGACAUCGAGCGGGACAAUGAGGACCAGCUCAAGGCCUUCAAGCGGGAAGUGAUGGCCUACAGGCAGACGCGGCAUGAGAACGUGGUGCUCUUCAUGGGCGCCUGCAUGAGCCCGCCCCACCUGGCCAUCAUCACCAGCCUCUGUAAAGGACGGACACUCUACUCUGUGGUGAGGGACGCCAAGAUCGUCUUGGAUGUCAACAAAACCAGGCAGAUUGCCCAAGAAAUUGUAAAAGGCAUGGGUUACCUCCACGCCAAGGGCAUCCUUCACAAGGACCUCAAAUCAAAGAACGUCUUCUACGACAACGGCAAAGUGGUCAUCACAGACUUCGGGCUCUUCAGCAUUUCCGGGGUGCUACAAGCUGGCAGGAGGGAGGACAAGCUUCGCAUCCAGAACGGCUGGCUGUGCCACCUGGCUCCUGAGAUCAUCCGCCAACUGUCCCCUGACACCGAGGAAGACAAACUCCCCUUCUCCAAGCACUCGGACGUCUUUGCUCUUGGCACCAUUUGGUAUGAGCUCCAUGCCAGGGAGUGGCCUUUCAAGACCCAGCCGGCAGAGGCCAUCAUCUGGCAGAUGGGCACCGGCAUGAAACCCAACCUCAGCCAGAUUGGCGUGGGAAAAGAAAUCUCCGACAUUCUUCUCUUCUGCUGGGCCUUUGAGCAGGAAGAGCGGCCCACCUUCACCAAGCUCAUGGACAUGCUGGAGAAACUGCCCAAGAGAAACCGCCGCCUGUCGCACCCGGGACACUUCUGGAAGUCUGCAGAGCUGUGACCAUGGACAUGGGCCCGUGUUGGCUGCCUCAGCUCCCGAGCCACCUCUCCUUCCCUGCUCUGCCCUCUGCCAGCUCAGGAGGACCCAGGCUCACCAUCAGAUGGUCCCGACCCAGCCAGCCUAAGAGCACUGCACAGAGGCACUGGGGG